GGAAAAAAAAAACGAAAACAAAAAGCUAUAUGCCUUUUCUCCCUGUUCUCUGUAAUCGAAGCUUAAGCAGCUAGGGUUGGCGACUGGUGGCUGUUGAAGACGACGACUGAGCAAAGAAAAAGGGUUGAAACCGACGAUUCAUCUUUGUUUCACUUCAGCCAUGGCUUCUCACGCCAGAAUUCUCCUCGUCACAAAAAAGCUCAAAAAGAACAUUAAAGAAGACUUUGGAGCCGUCGUUGAGAAGCUUCAGUUUCUCCCUCUGCCUUAACCUGCUCCUCCCAAGGCUCCUCAUCCUCUCAAUUUUCUCACCUUCGUUGUCUCCGACAUAUUUGAUAUUGAGGUUAUGUUACCAAUCUUGGCCAUCCGAAGUGGGCGACUACAAGCGAUGCAUCUUCUAGAAUGGUGACAGUGUUUUUGACUCUCGUGGAAGGAGGUGCCACUUGCGUUGGUAAAACGGUGGUGGAUGAACUAGCUUAUAGUAUCAAUGGAGUGAGUAAGCAUUAUAGGACACCAAUUAAUCCUGCAGCACAUGCUCGAGUACCUGGUGGAUCAUGUAGUGGGGCUGCUGUGGCAGUGGCAGCUAAUCUUGUUGACUUCUCUUUAAGAGAUGGGCAACUCCAAAACUCAGUGAAGAUAAGGUGAAGCAAUGCGUUGACGCUAAGUUAAAUGGAAAUACCAUCCUAAGGCAGUUGAAAGAUGGCAACUUUGACUGAAAAUAAUACAUCAAAUUCGAGCUUUCUUGGUGGAAGAGCAAAAGAUUGUGAAGAAGGUUUUGAAGAUCCAGAAAGCAAAGUAAAUGCAAGCUUCAAGGAGCUAGAAAGUGGGAGGGUGAAAGUAGAACUUUUUUGGAUUUUAAGAAUGAAUGAGAAACUUGAAAAGCUGCUUUUUUUGUAUUGAAUUCCAUAUAUUUAUUGAAUGUCUUGACAAAAUUUCUUUUA